UGAGCAGGCUGCAGAAAUUGUUCCUGCAGAGGUGGGGGCUGAGGGCAUCCAUGACGGGUCAGGGUGGAGGAGCUGCAGGCAGGAAGUUGUACCUGAAGACCAGAGAGCUUCUGAAGCCAGCCAAGGGGAAAAGAGGACGCAGCAAAGUGUGGGAGUUCAGCCAGAGUGGAGAUGUGCCGCCGUACGGUGAGGGAGGAGGUAACACGCAGCGUGGGGGGAGGAGUACAACGCAGCAGUUUAACCAGGAUGGUCUUCCUGUUGGCAGAGGUCGGAGGGCGAGGGCCAAACCAACAACAUCGGUUUCCUUUUCUUCCCCUCGCUUCACAUGCUCCAGCGCUCAAAUCUUAUCUGCAUUCAGCCCCGCCCUACAGCCUUCUCCAUCACCUGGCCUGCAGUCUGCAGCCUCUUCAUGCCUCCUCCACAGCACCUCCCUCCCUCCUCCAACUCAUGAGGAUCAUCCCGAACACUUUGAUCGUCUGCUGGAGGAAGUGAUGAUGGGCCUCGACAUUUUACCAAACAAUGACGACGGUGCUCCGCAUUCUCAGCCUCCUCUUCCAACCAGAAGCAGCCGUUAUGCCUAUGGCUCCUGUGGCAAUACUUUGGCCCAAAACAAACAACAAGGCUGUACCACUGGCCUCCUGGAGGCAAAUACAGGUUUUCACGGGUCCACACAUGUUGUUUCUGUAGCAAGAGGAGCUGGCAGCUCCAGCUCUGCAGUCAGUGAGAUGCCCGUUUUGCAGCAGCAGGGAGAGGGAGAGCUGAACAAGAUGCUGGACCACUUCCUCCAGUCCUUUGAGCAGCACGUUGACAGCUGUACUGCCAGGGACGAGGUGGAGAUGUGUGGUCAAAACUGCACAGAGGCUAGCCAGCCUCACACGGUCCAUCGCAAAUACAGAAAAACCAAGACCCCUCACACCCCUCAUCUACAGAAUACACACACGCUGCAUCCACCCAGACACUCUCAAAUAACUGAACUGCAACAGAGUGAUGAAACUGAAACACUGCGGAGAUGUUCACAGCCAUGCAAGGCUUCUGCUUGCGGUGCCGCUCCCCCGAAACAUACAGCAUCACCGAGGAAAGUCAGAGCGCCAGCCAAACGACGGAAAAGGGCGAGGAAACCAGUGUCAUCAAGUGACGCAAAGACCAAAAGCAUUCAUGACCGAGGAGACAAGCAGCUAAAGCAGAUGCCUGUGGUGAAACUGGAGAGGAGUGUCCCGCUGCCAGCCCAAGUUAAACUGCACCAACCCAGCUGUCCGGAAGUCCAGAAACUGGCAAAAACAAAGACCGGUGCAUCAUCCCGGAAAUACCCACGUGAAAUGGUUCAGCCGUUCUCAUGGAGCACAAAGAUGUACCCAAUCAGGAGUAGGUUUAGAGAAGCACAUAUCAUGGACAGCCUACCCUUUCUUGAGGAGCCACCCUCAGCAGGCCUACCAAGACCAAGGCGAGGCAGGCCAAAGAAAAAUGGACAAAUUCUCAGUUUUUCUAGUGGUGGGAGUUCAGCACCACCUAUUCAGCCACAGCCUGUGGAGCCCUGUUGCGUCGAUGAACAACUAGAGAGAAACCAAGAGAGACAUGAAGAAGAAUUGAGUGUCCAGCCACAGGAAGAGGCAGAGGCACCUACAAGCAGGGGAGAGAAGAGGGGAGCAGAGUCCGAGAAGGAGACCAGUGACGUGGCCACUGUGGCCAAGAGGGUUUGCUUUGAGCGAAUGGCCCAGCUGACCUCUGAAACAUGCACACCAAGCUCUGAAUCUCCAGACUUUGUCUCUGAACCAGCAACCAGAGAGCCACAGGACGUUUCCAGUGUAGGGCAUCGCAUACAAAGAGAACAACGGGAGGAAGAACCAGCGCGGAGAGAAAUCCAACUCAGGGAAACUGGGGGAAGUUUGAUGGGUGAAGAGAUACAGAGCAGCGAUGACGAGAUCAUCGACGUGGAUGGACCGACUCUGUCGCCUUUUGUCAAAGUGAAGCCUUCUGUUUCACCCUCCUCACAUUCAGCCAAAGAGCUGAGUCUGGGGUCGACGGGCAGCUGGGAAGAGGACGACGACGAGGACAUUGAUGUGAUUGGCGGUGCCAGUCCCGCCCCUGAUCCGGUGAUUAUCAGCUGGACAGAGUCUUCAGAAGAGGAAGGAGAUGAGGAUGUUGAUGUUGUCGGUGAAAAGACAGACUACGCUUCAUCGGCGGUGUUGUCCACUGUGAGUAAAGAUGAAAGGUUUGGGAACCUCAGACCUUCAAGUGAAGAAUUUCAUUCAGAUGUAUGUAUCACACAUGCAUUUUACUCACUGACAUUAUCAUGUAGCCUGGAACAUUUCUAUUAAAUUACAUUUAACUAACGUCCGUUUAUGUGCAUGCAGUUUCAAAGCCACACACUAAUGUAGCCACGAAUGCAAUCAAGCCUGUCCAAGUAUACUGGUUUAUAAUUUGAAUCCCCACUGAAGUAAUUUUGAUAAUUUGAAGUGGAUUGGUGUGUUGACAGGAGAAUGAAGAAUAUGAAACAUGAAACUAAAUUACUAUGAUUUAGGGUACAUUAUUUGCCCUCUAAAAGUUGAUGCCAGGAACAUCAGCUUGUAUUUCAUUAGUUCUGUUAGUAACUGGUCCUCAGUCUGUUCUCCUCCUCUGCGUCCG